AUGGCUUCCUACGACAAACACGUCUUCUUCUUCGCCUCCAAGAUAGUCCUUUCCAACUUGAGCAUUAUCUCACGCAGCCCCGUCUGCCCCCACCGCAAGACGAUCAAGCACAUCACCGUUCUCUGCCUGGAGGGCGAACACUUUGGCAUUAUUUUUGACUAUGUGCUGUACAAUAUUCCCAUCGUCACAGUGCCCAACGCUGGUGUCGUACUGGCUUCAGCCGGCGAUGCAACAGCGGGAGGCCCUGCUGGACGUGUUGACAGAGCUCGAGGAGCCUCCGACGCUGGAGGGCUGGCUCUUCCCGGGGGCCAUCAUGGACUUCUACCACCCGCUGAUGAUACCGGAGUUGUUGAAGGCCGACAUGAGGGGAAGGAGAAGGAAUUGAGGGUGGUGGAGGUGCUGGUGUUCACUGAGGACAAAUGCUUGCCCAUGUCCCUGCCCCUCAUUUCUGAGGUGACUGGGAACGUGCUGACACUGAAGUUCUGUCAGCCCAUCACCGCCCAGGUGUUCCCUGAGCUUCCGUGGCACAGGGAACGCCAACGCCAUCAGGACGACCUGCUGGCCAAAUUCGAGUACUACGACCUCAACAGCAGGUCGUGGGUUCAGGCCCUGGCAACCACCUGGAAAGCCGGCCGCAUCAGAAUCCCUCUCCCCCUCCGCCAGCUCCCCGUCUUCAAGCGCACGGACGUGCUAGUUACAUGGAAGGAGGCCAAAGACUAUUCCCUCGGGCUCCUGCCUCUACCGCCUCUCUGCUCGAUGCUGGCGAACUUCUCGCCACAUCUUGAGUUCCUGCGCCCGACGGACCUCAAGUACCCGCGGACCUACUCCGACGUGCAGUGGACCAUCAACAAAGAACAAGUCGCGACGUGUCCCAGCAUCUGGGAUGAGGACGCUACUGCUGCUGGCUCAGAGACGGGGGAAGGCGGCGGUGAGUCAGAGGGGAAGAACGGCAACAGUUUGGAGGAGUGA